AUAAAAAUCGAUAGAGUAAAGAGAGAAGAAAGGAAUGGCGUGACUGAGUGAAGCUUCAUUUCCAAUACCAACAAUGGCGAAGCGAACCUACACCACCGAUUUAGGCUGCAUAGCUUGCCAGGAGCUCGGCGAACUUGGAGCCGGCAAGGAGGGUUGGCUCGUCGAUAACCCCAAUCUGUUAUGCGCUCUUGACACCCACGCCAUUGCGCUUGCUAACCGAUCCCUAAUCGUCACUCUCGGCUGGUCCGAUUCGGAUGCUUCCCGUGUCAAGAUCCGUCCCGCAUUAUCCCCCAUUGAUGCCGAGUUCAUCUCCGCCAUUGAGUGGUUGGUCUUCGACGAAAUUCGGGUGAUUGCGAUUGGGACCUCUUGUGGGUACCUUCUGCUUUUCUCUCUCGCUGGGCACUUGAUUCAUAAGCAGUUUAUACAUCCUGGACGGGUUUUAAAGUUGAGAGUCCGUGGAACAAAGAGAGAUUUGAUCCAAGAAACCUCCUCAGAGGAGGUUUGUGUUGUUAUGCAAGGAGUAAUUGCUCGUUUUGAUGGCUCUGAAAUUCAGAAUAUGCUGCAGCAAUGGCAUCAUGAUACAAAUUCUCGGUUUUGGGAUAGAAAACCAAGAAAUCAAGAUAAUGAUGAGGCUGGAAAUUCUUAUGGACGAUUGUCUUACCAGCUAUGGAAUGUCAGCAAGUAUGGAAGUUGUGCAGAUGCAGCAAUCAGUGGGAUAAUGCCUCCACCACUGAUGGAGCUACAGUCAAGUCAGCGUUAUUUCUGUGCAGUCACCGUUGGAGACGAUGCUGUGAUCUCAGCCUUCAGGCUAUCGGAGGAUAGAAGUAGGUCUUUAGUUGGAGCUAUCUUAUCUAAAGUCGUUCCUGCAACAUUUUCUACAAUAGCUUCCUUUUCUAAAAUGAUUUGGCGCAGUGAACAAAAUGCACCUAAAAAAUCAAAUGUGAAGCCUCAACCUUUUGCUCGUGCUUCUCCAUUGACAUCUUUGAAGGAUUUCCCUAGAAAGGGCGAGAAACUCACCUUAUCUCCUAGUGGCACGCUAGCUGCAAUAACAGAUUCACUCGGCCGUAUUUUGCUUUUAGACACUCAGGCACUUGUGGUCGUGCGGCUAUGGAAGGGAUAUCGUGAUGCUAGUUGCCUAUUCAUGGAGAUGCUAGUCAAUAGAGAUAAUAAUGUAGCUUCUAGUUCUAGCUAUUAUGAACCUGUAAAGAGUGAUUAUUGCCUCUGUCUGGCUAUUCAUGCCCCUCGAAAAGGAAUAGUUGAGUUCCUUGGCAAUAUUGUGCAGAUUUGGCAGAUGAGAACUGGGCCACGGCUUCGAACUAUUCGAUCUGCUAAAGGCAGCAAAAUACUCCAACCAACUUACCGGUUUGGAUCAUCUCUAGCUUCUUCCCCAUAUGUUCCUUUGGAGGUUUUCUUGUUGAAUGGUGAUUCUGGUCACAUUUCGAUUUUAAAUCGAACCCUUUGAAUGUAAAAAGCUGCAUCUUUUGCUCUUAUUCUUGAAGUUAAUUGAUGAUUCUUAUUCCAAUUAAUAACAUAUCCUGUUUGGGUCUCAGCCAAAGGAAGAAAAAUAACCAUAGGGUGUCUGUAAUAUAGUUUGAUACAAUUGUUUACAUAAUGUUACAUGAAUCCAGCUUCUUCUUUUUUUAAACAA